AUGUCAUCUUUCAUCGGCGCAACCGAGAGUUCACAGCAUUCAAUGUCAUCUGGGCCUCAGAUUACAAAUCUGUCACUGGUCUCAACGGCCCGUACACCGCCUCUUUCUUCAUCUUCUUUCGAGAGGAAGUGCAGUUUGAUGGGCUGCAUGGCUGCCAAGAGUAGCACAGGGUCGCCUGGGAGUGGUCUUCGAUUGCCUGAGACUUUGGGCUGGAGAAAGUAUAGUCAAAAGCCCAUCAAAGGUGCCCCCACAUCCAAGUCAUUGUUAGUCUCUUUAGACAAUGAAAAGAAAGGAGAAGAAAUUGUGGAUUUGGUGGGAAAUGAAUCACGCGAGUGGUGGACUUUUUUGCUCCGUUUAAUAAUGUUCUAUGUGGUGAUGUGGAUUUCCAUUUUCAAUUAUAUAUGGUGGUGA